AUGAGUCAAACAAUAAGAAGAACAAAAUUUCGAAUUAAGGAUGUAAUUGAUAGCAAUCUCAAUAAUCAAGAGCAAUCCGCUUAGAAAGCUAUAUAGUCUACAUAUAUCAAACAAAACGUAGAUGACUUCAAUUCUCUAAAAUAAACUUUGGAAGAUCGCAAAUUAACAUUUAUAAAAUUUGCAUUUCAAUAGCAGGAACUAAUAGAAGAUCGAAAUUUGGGUCCAGUUCUCACAGGAUUGUCCAGACACCAGAAUAUUGGGUCGAUGUCAGUUAGUGAAUUGAUACCAAAAUCUUAAAUCCACACUUAUCUGCUGUAGGCGUAGUAGGACAGACCGAAGAGAGUGUUGAAACGAUUUGCUCAUUGGGAGUGGGACAAGGAUUAAGGUCGAGAUAAGAAUCCAAUGAGUUAUUAGUUCACAUAGAGAAAUGAAGCUGAGAUAAAAUCAAGAUUAAAAAAAAAGGAUGGGGAAAUUAGUUUGAGGAAGAGGAUCCUGUAGAAAUGGUAGAAACAUUUACCCAGCUUGACAGGACUGAAUGAAUUUGGAAAACAAUUUACAAUGGAUCAUUCUUCAUUGAAAAAGCCUUUUUCAUUAAGUCCUUCUCCGAAGCAAGAGUCAUAUCGUCAAAUUACAAAUUGGUUGCAGGAAUUGGAGGAGUUGAAACUCGACAAUGAGAAAGUGAAGAAAAAAUUGGAAAGGACAUUGCAGAGUUUACAUAGAACAUGA